AUGAAGCCUGAGAAUUCUUUAAGAUGUUCCUCAAGAUCUUAUCAUUGUUGGAUAGCUGGUAUAAUUUUGAUUAUUGCAUGUGUAUUAUUCAUUAUUAGUCAUAUUUAUAUUCGUUGGAGUAGUUUUCCAUUUGAAUAUCGAGAUAUUGGUUCAGUUUAUAGCGGUUUAUGGCGUCGAAAUGUACUUUUCAGUGGUAGAUUAGUAACAUUUAAUAUAAAAUGUACAACUGAAAGAAAACCAUGCAUUAAACUUAUUAUAGCACGGAUUUUUAUGAUUAUGACUUGUAUUACAUCAGGAAUUGGAGGAAUAUGUUUUUGUAUUCUUUCAUCAUUUAAACCUAAAUAUAAAUCUAUUCUAUAUCUAAUUGGAUUAAUUUUGGCAUUUGUUUCUUUUAUCUUUGGUAUUAUUGGCUUUUUAUUUGGAAUUAGUUGGGUUAUACAAUUUGAAAAAGAUACAAUUGGUAGUGCUGCUAUUUGUGCUUUAAUUGGUUCAUUUCUUUCACUUAUUAGUGCGAUUUAUGCCUUUUUUUCUAUUAACUCAAAUACAUUGACGUAA